ACAGAUAAAUGAGUCAUACCUUGAUACAAAUCUUCGUGUCUAAUAAUCUUGUAAAUAAUCCAUUUUUAAAACAAUAUAUUAAAGUGAUUUUAUAUACAAUAUAACCUUUAAAAAGUUUUUUUUCAAUACUCAAGAAAAAAAUAGCUUAAUUUUUUCAAAAAAUGACUGUUACUAUACUAACUUUUAAUUGACUUGGAGGUUAGUUUUGUCACUGUGGCUUAAACUCCUGUCAUGUAAAUACUCAAAUAUAUAACAUAUACAGUAUUUACAUUUUAAAUUAUUGUUGUUUAUUGAUUGUAUAAUAAACAAAAAUUAGCAAUCAAGAUGAUGUCUGAAAGAGAUUAUGCACCACUAAGUGCAGCAUGUGUUCGUUCUUUGAGUGAUAAAGUUUAUGAAAAAAGAAAAUUAGCAGCUGUGGAAAUAGAGAAAAUGGUAAAAGAAUUUGCAAGUCGUAAUAAUACGGUCCAGAUUAAAAAACUAUUGAGAGUAUUAGGACAAGAAUUUGCUACAUCCCAAAAUUCUCAUCUGAGGAAAGGUGGUCUUAUAGGUUUGGCUGCAAUAGCAGUAGGUCUUGGAAAAGAUACUGGCCAAUAUACUGAAGAACUGAUUCGCCCAAUUUUAGCUUGUUUCUGUGAUCCAGAUUUACACGUACGCUACAAUGCCUGUGAGAGCUUGUACAAUGUUGUAAAGAUAGCCAGAAGUGCAGCUUUACCAUUAUUUACCGAUAUUUUUGGAGCUUUAAGUAAAUUGGCCUGUGAUCCUGAGCAGAAUGUAAAGAAUGCUACUGAGUUACUUGAUAGAUUGAUGAAGGAUAUUGUUACAGAAAGUGGAAUGUUUGACUUGGUAGGAUUUAUGCCUAUUUUAAGAGAAAGGAUUUAUACAAAAAAUCCUUUUGGAAGGCAAUUUAUGAUAUCGUGGGUAUCUGUUUUGGAUGCCGUACCUGAUAUGGACUUUGUUAUAGUGUUGUCUGAAAUAUUAGAUGGUCUAUUUAUUAUCCUCGAAGAUCCCACUCCGGAAAUUAAAAAAUCUACUGAUACAGUUCUUGGAGAAUUUUUACGAAGUAUUAAAGCAAACCCAAGUAAAGUUGAUUUUCCAGGAAUGAUUAAUAUUCUCAUAAAUCAUGCUCAAAGUUCUGAUGAAUUACUUCAAUUAACGGCAAUAACUUGGAUCCGGGAAUUCGUUCAAUUAUCUGGAACAUCUAUGCUUCCUUAUGCAUCAGGGAUAUUAUCUGCGAUCCUGCCUUGUCUAGCUUAUGAUGGAGACAAUCGAAGAAAUAUUAAAGAGACUGCUGCAAAUGUUAAUCAGUGUUUAAUAAAUCUCAUUACAAAGGAUUCAUUAAUUGCUAAUAAUAUGUUGGAUUCCAAUGAAACAACAGCAGGCAAAAAUGAAGAAAGAAUAAAAAAAAAUGCUGAAGUUGAAGUGAGUGAGAAUAAAAAUAACGAAAAAAUUCCAGAUGGCGAUAAAGCAGUUGAAGACAAAAAAGUAUCUGAAUGCCUUGAUUUAUCAAAAAUUGUUCAAGUAUUAACAAAACACUUGAAACAAACUUCUGUACCAACUAAAGUGGCUGUUCUCAAGUGGAUUCGUCAUUUAUUUAUUAAUAUUCCAAGUAAAAUGUACAACCAUAUGGAUGACUUGUUUCCUGUACUGAUGCGAACUCUUGAAGAUAAUUCAGAUGAAGUUGUCCAGCAGAAUCUAGUUGUGCUUGCUGAAAUAAUAAACCCAAAAUCUGCUCAAAGCCUAGAUAAAGAGGCAAAAAAUCAACUUAUCACUUCAUCUCGUUCAGUUGGAAAUAAAUAUUUUACUAAUUUUAUUGUUAAUUUAUUGAGAUUAUUUUCUACAGAUAGACACUUGUUAGAGGACAGAGGGGCAUUUAUUAUUCGUGAGUUAUGUGUACUUUUAAGCGCUGAAGAUAUUUAUAAAAUAUUAGCUGAAAUAUUAUUGGAGGAGCAAAAUUUACGGUUUGCUGGUAUCAUGAUCCAAACAUUAAAUGUUAUAUUGCUCACAAGUUCAGAACUCUUCGAAUUAAGAAAUAAAUUAAAGGAUUUAAAAAAUGAGGAAAGUCGUAAAUUAUUUGUCUGUCUUUACGAAUCUUGGUGUCAUAAUCCUGUUGCGACUGUGGCACUGUGUCUGCUUGGACAAAAUUACUCUCAUGCUUGUGAUCUGGUUAAAUCGUUUGCUAACAUUGAGGUAACAGUUGAAUUUCUGACAGAAGUUGAUAAAUUAAUACAACUUAUUGAAUCACCAAUAUUUACUUAUCUCAGACUGGAAUUACUUGAACGAGAGAGAAAUGAAGCUUUAGUUCGAACAUUAUAUGGACUUUUGAUGAUUUUACCACAAAGUGACGCCUUUACUACAUUACAUCGUCGAUUAGCAGCAAUUCCUCCAGUUAAUUCUAGUAUUUUUUCAAAUAAAAGUCAUAGUUCUUUAGAAAAAACCAAUAAGACUACUACAAACGAAGAAGAAAUCGAUUUUUCACGGCUUCUAAGACACUUUGAGAAAGUUCAAGAGAAACAUAAGGAACAAAAAAAUCGUCAACGAUUGAAUAUGCUGGUUAAUCGUGAUUCAAUAAUGAAUCAAGGAUUUGAUGCAACAUGAGACAACUUGUUUAAUAUUCAAGAUAAAAUAUUUUGUUGAUUAAUAUCACCAAUUUUUUUUUCACUAACAUCUUCUUCACUCAACUUGUGUUCUGAAUCCUGAAGGGGAUUAUAAUUAUUGUCACUGAUAUCGUUACAGAUUGAUAAACGAUUAAUUUCAUCAA